AAGCACCUCUGCAGAAGGAACUCUAGAUGGAGCUGUGGGCUGCGUCUUCCUCGGUAAAGCGCUUCUCCCCAGCCUUGUGACUUUUGUUGGCUUUCCGUCCUCCUUUCCUGGGCGAAGCAAAACAGUCCCUCCAGGCAGGUGGACAGCUAAGAAACAAGGGGCUGCAUCCCUCGGGCAGCCCCCCUGCGUUCACCCUCCCUCCCCACCUUGCCCACAUUUCCCAGAAGAUGGGGAAGAGUUGCAAAGUGGUUGUGUGCGGGCAAGCCUCCGUCGGGAAGACCUCCAUACUGGAGCAGCUUCUGUAUGGGAACCACGUGGUUGGUUCAGAAAUGGUCGAAACCCAGGAGGACAUCUAUGUGGGCUCGAUUGAGACCGACCGAGGGGUGAGGGAACAAGUGCGCUUCUAUGACACCCGAGGCCUGAGGGACGGGCUGGAGCUGCCCAAACACUGCUUCUCUUGUACCGAUGGCUACGUGCUGGUUUAUAGCGUCGACAGCAAAGAGUCCUUCAAGAGGGCGGAGAUGCUCAAAAAGGAGAUCGACAAGAGCAAGGAUAAGAAGGAGGUCACCAUCGUGGUCUUGGGCAACAAGUGUGAUUUGCAGGAGAUGCGGCGGGUGGACCACGACGUGGCGCAGCACUGGGCCAAGGCCGAGAAGGUCAAGCUGUGGGAGGUCUCAGUGGCGGACCGCCGGACCCUCAUCGAGCCUUUUGUCUACCUGGCCAGCAAGAUGACCCAGCCGCAGAGCAAGUCGGCCUUCCCACUCAGCCGGAAGAACAAAAGCAGCGGCUCUGUGGACGGGUGAGCCUUUGGGUACCGUGCCCAACCGGACUUUGUACAUCUGCAUGCAAACAAGACCACCUUUGCCAGGAAGCGAGAGGAAGCCGGCGUUUCGGGCAGCAGAUUCCAGGGGUCUUCUUUUCUUCAGUCUCCAUUUUUUAAAAAGCGAGAACUCCAAGUCCAGAGCAGUGGAAAUAACUUUUGACUCUUUGACCUUUAGAAACUUGUGUGGUCAACAGCCAGCAGUUACUUAGGUGUAUUUUGUGAUAAAAAUGGUGGCUGAAUUAUACUGAUUGUUAAAUUUCUAA